AUGCAAGACCCAAUUGGGAUUCCUGCUUGUUUCACAUCAGGAGAGAAGCUGAUUGAUGAUCCAGCAGCAGUAACAAAAUCAGGGCAGAGUGUUUUCAUGUCAGCAUACAGGACCAAGAUUGCUGAUCACUGCCGUUUGAUUACAAUCACAUGGUGCAAGAAUCUGCUUCUCCAUGGUCUGUCAAUCUCUGUUGAAGGUCCAGAUGGGGAAAAUCACUAUAGUUGCAAGAUUGAGCUGAAGCCAUGGUAUUUCUGGAAGAAACAGGGGACUAAGAGAUUUAUUGUGGAUGGGAAAGCUGUGGAUAUCUUUUGGGAUCUCAAAGCAGCUAAAUUCAAUGGUGAGACUGAACCCAACUGUGAUUACUAUGUUGCUGUUGUUUGUGAUGAAGAAGUGGUUCUUCUACUUGGGGAUCUGAAGAAAGAUGCUUAUAGGAAAACAGGGUGCAGACCAGCUCUGAUUGAUCCAAUUCUGGUUUCAAGAAAAGAACACAUUUUUGGUAAGAAGAGAUUCUUAACCAGAGUCAAGUUCCAUGAGAAGGGUAGAUUUCAUGAGAUCUCAAUUGAGUGCAAGAACAGAACAAAUGGGAAUGGUGUCAAGUAUGCUGAACCAGAGAUGGAGAUAAGGAUUGAUGGGCAUUUGGUGAUUCAUGUGAAGCAUCUUCAAUGGAAGUUCAGAGGUAAUGAGUCAAUUCAUGUCAAUAAAGCAAGAAUGGAAGUUUACUGGGAUGUCCAUGACUGGCUAUUUAGUCCUGGUUUAAGGCAUGCUCUGUUUAUUUUCAAGCCAACCAUGUCAUCCAUUUCUCUUUCGCCAUUAUCGUCUUCUUCGACAUCGAAGACGCCAUUGUUGUCUCAAUCAGAGAGCUCUGGUUCAUCAGAUGGGAUUAAUGGGUCUUCUGAAUUUUGCUUGCUUGUUUAUGCUUGGAAGGUUGAAUGA